UCUAGUCUCACAGUCCUACCUUUUUUUCUUGUUCUUGGGCCAUACUCAAACCCUCUUUUCUGCUUGUCUUUUUUUUUUUUCUCUCUAUUAACGGUUGGUUACUUCUCCGCCUUAAAACACACAAAUUCUUUUUCUCCAAGUUCAAUCUUGUCCGAAACUCCCAACCUCUAAACUUUCAGAUAAGAAAAAAAAAACAACUACUAUGAAAAAGCUAAAGCAAGAGUGCUUUGGAGGCUUUAACUUCAACCCCUUUGAUCUGCUGUCUGAAGAGAUCAUUUUCAUGAUCCUCGACCUUCUCAACCACAACCCUCUUGACAAAAAAUCUUUCUCUUUAGUUUGUAAGUCUUUCUACGUUACAGAAUUCAAGCACCGAAGGACGCUCAAGCCUCUCUGCCAGGAACACCUCCUAGCCAUCCUUUGCCGCUACUCCAAUGUUAAUCAUCUCGAUCUCACCCUCUGCUCUCGUGUCUCCGACACCUCUCUCUCCAUUAUAUCAAAUGCAUGCACCUUCACUCUUCGUUCCAUUGAUUUCUCUAGAACUCGUCUAUUUUCGACUUCUGGGUUGUUGGGUUUGGCCCUGAAUUGUAAGAACCUUGUGGAGAUUGAUUUAUCCAACGGGACGGAGUUGAAAGAUUCAGCCAUGGUAGCUGUUGCUGAGGCUAAGAAUUUGGAAAAGUUGUGGUUAGCGAGGUGUAAGUCGAUUACAGAUAUGGGGGUGGGAUGCGUUGCAGUGGGAUGCAGAAAGCUGAAGUUCAUUUGCUUGAAAUGGUGCUUGGGGGUUGGUGAUUUGGGUGUUGGUUUGAUAGCUGUUAAGUGCAAGCAUAUUCGUUACUUGGAUCUCUCUUACUUGCCUAUUACAAAUAAAUGUUUAUCCUCUAUCUUGAAAUUACAACAUCUAGAAGAGCUGAUUCUGGAUGACAGCCUUGCUGUCCUGAAACAUUUCAUGCAAAUAUUUAGGACUUUUUUGGAUAUGCAUUGUCUUUAGAAUUGAGUGCACAAUGACUUGUCUUUCCUAUUAAGUGGUGCUGAAGGUCUGCAGCAACUUACCUUAGCACAUGGUUCUCGGGUAACUUCUUCUCUUGCAUUUUGUUUGAAAAAGCUUUCCCUGUUGCAAUCAGUGAAAUUGGAUGGUUGUCUGAUUACCUAUGAUGGGUUGAAAACCACUGGAAAUUGGUGUGUGUCACUAAGAGAGCUGAGCUUAAGUAAAUGCUUAGGAGUGACAGAUGAAAGCCUCUCAUCAUUGGUGACAAAACACAAAGACUUAAGGAAGCUAGACAUUACAUGUUGCCGCAAGAUAACUGAUGUCUCUAUUGCCCACAUCACAAAUUCGUGCAACUCUCUUACUUCUCUUAGGAUGGAGUCAUGUACCCUGGUUUCUAGAGAAGCCUUUGUUUUGAUCGGACAGCGGUGUCAUUUGCUUGAGGAGCUUGACCUUACAUAUAACGAAAUUGACAAUAAAGGUCUUAAGUACAUCUCCAGAUGUUCCAAACUCUCGAACUUAAAACUAGGAAUUUGCCUUAAUAUAACUGAUGAGGGACUCAUCCAUAUCGGCAGGGGCUGCUCAAAACUUUUAGAGCUUGAUCUGUAUAGGUCUGCAGGAAUAACAGAUUUGGGUAUUUUAGCAAUUGCACAAGGUUGCCCUGGCCUUGAAGUGAUUAAUAUAGCCUACUGUAAAGAUAUUACUGAUCGUUCCUUGCUAUCUUUAUCAAAGUGUUCACAGUUAAAGACGCUUGAAAGUCGAGGGUGUUCUCUGAUAACAUCUUUUGGACUAACAGCCAUUUCUGUGAGAUGCAAGGAACUUACAAAGCUAGACAUAAAGAAGUGUCAUAACAUUGAUGAUGCUGGACUGCUUCCACUUGCUCAUUUUUCUCAAAACCUCAGACAAAUUAACUUGUCCCAUAGCUCAGUUACAGACUUAGGACUGUUGUCUCUGGCCAGCAUCAGCUGCCUACAGAACAUAACAAUCUUGCACUUAAAGGGCUUGACUCCCAGUGGACUAGCAGCUGCCUUACUGGCAUGUGGAGGGUUAACAAAAGUGAAACUUCAGGCAGCAUUUAGAUGGCUGUUACCCUAUCAAGUUGUUGAGCAUUUGGAAGCUCGUGGUUGUAUGUUUCAGUGGAGAGAUAAAGUACUUCAGGUGGAAUUAGAUCCUAAGUGUUGGAGAUUACAGUUGGAAGAUCCCAUGCCAGAUCUUGAAGAUCUUGUAGGUCGGAGUUAGCAGCUAUUAUCAGCAAAUGCAGAUUCUUGUGGUGGACUUGGGGGAAUCAUUAGCCUUCAGGUGCUGUAUAGAUGCUCUUUCAGAUUCUUGUAGAUCUCUUCGAUCGAGUGAGUCAACAGCUACUACUAACAAAUGAAGUUAGGCAAAGUUUGUUCGGGUGCCAUAUAUUGAUGGAUUGUCAAAGUGUUGGCCUUUGAUGCAAAUAAUGGAAGCUUUGUGGCUCUAUGCCUCGCGUAGUUGCUUGUACGUGUGAAACUUUAGAUAGAAUUGGAGAAUGUGUAUAUAUAUAUAUAUAUAUAUAUAUAUUUAUGUUUUUUAUUCCUAAGUUUGCUUGAUGUAUAUGAUUAUUCUAUGGAUGCUUACUAUGCUUACUUGUCAUUAGAAUCAAAUGACAAUUUACCGAGCCUCUGAACUUUGGCAGAAUUUCGAAUUUGAUCAAGGACGGAGCUGGGUUUU